GAUCCUGAACAAGUUAGCCCAGUCUGAUCGUAGAUAAUUUCCAACACAGCCAGAAAUUGAAGGCUGCUCAAUAAGCAACUGGGAAAAGAUCUCAGAAAACUAAAUCAUUCCAAUCCCCCAGAGCGAAGCAGGAGAAGAUGCACAAGCAACGUUUGCCCUUCAACGCCGGCCCGGGAGGAUUUGGAGCCAGUGCCUUCAACUUCAAUGCUCCGCAGUUCGGCGAUGGCGGUGGAUUUGGACCCGGCCCCGUUCCCGAGGGCCUCAACGGGAUGCCAUUCCUGGGUAAGGUGCCCACCAAGCCGCUGAUGCGCUCUGUCAGCCGGCAGCGUUCGCUGGUCGAAGGAGCUGGUCUGGAUUCCCUGCCGCCACCAUCGCCGCUUCCCUCAAUGGCCGAGCGCAUCCUGAGCGGCGGUUUGGGUCGUGGCCAGCGUUUGGGCGUACCGCCCAUCUCCAACUUCUAUGCACCCUUCGAGGGCGACCAUUCGAUGUCCAUGCUGGAGGACACCACUAUGCCGGACUUCCUGAAUCAGACUCCAGGUCAGGAGGAGUUGCCUCCACGUCCAGCCGGAGUUUCGGCCAUUAAAGACACCGACUCGGAGAGUGACCUUUGCAGUCAGUUGAAGGGCGCGGUCUUGGCGGAAUCCCGCUUUCGACGUGCCUACGGCUGCCUGAUGGACACUCUGCCGGAGCAGCGGCGACGACGGUUGGAGGAAACGCUCCAGCGCUGCGGACAGACCGCUAUUGCCAAGCACUUGCUGGUGCUGCUCCAGCUGCUGACCCUGGUAGUGGGUGUAGGUUUCCGCCAGGUCAAGCGUGUCGGCUGGUUCUGCGGCGGCGUUCGCUUCCGGGUGAGCCGGGCCCAAUUCCAACUGCGCAUCGCUCUGCGCCAGAUGCUGUGGCGCCUGGCCAAUGCCAAGGCCAAUGACACCUUGCUAUUCCUCAUCGUGGUGCUGGUAACACCCUGGCUAUUCCUUUUCAGCCUGGUGGGCUUUGCCCUAUCAUUCGUCUUCUCCAUGAGAACGGGCAUGGCGGAGGGCGUACGUCAGCUGCGCCGACGUCUAUUUUAGGACAGCAGUCAGUGGAACAAUCAAGGAGGUGGCCUAGCAGCAACACCCCAAGGAGCCACCUUCUCCAUCUGACACAAACUUUACAUAAGGACACUAGAGCAGCGCAUUCCACAAAAAUAUACAAAACAAACUGCAAGAAACCACCUGAACAUCAACUAUAUUUUGUGUUGCAGCAACAAAAUAGAGCACAAAAAAUGUA